AUGCAAUUGGAGCGAACGCAUAUUCGAACCUGGGCAGAUCUUGCUAAUGCUUUUCUAAAGCAUUACAAAUAUAACCUGGACAUGGCGCCUACCCCCAUGCAACUCCAGAACCUGUCCCAGAAGAAAGAAGAGUCCUUCAAGGAGUAUGCUCAGAGAUGGAGGGAGUUGGCAUCCCGUGUGCAACCACCACUGUUAGAGAAAGAAUUAGUAGACACAUUCAUAAGAAUUUUGCAAGGGCUGUAUUAUGAGAAGAUGGUUAGAAGUAUCUCUUCGGGGUUCUCAGAACUAGUAACUAUCGGAAAAAGAAUCGAGACUAGAAUAAAAAGUGGGAAGAUAUCAAGGGGACCAUCAAAUUCUCCCUACAAUUCAAGAAGGCCUGCUUCAAACGUCCCCCCAAAAAAAGAGGGAGAAAUUAAUGUUGUAGCGUUACAAUCCAGGGUGCAACAACCAUUGGUGAUCCCACAAGGGCAGCAACAAGGCAGAAGGCCGCGAAGAAAUUUUGAUCCACUAUGGAUGCCACCUAGUGAGUUAUUACAACAGCUAGUUAAGCAUCCUUAG